UCUAGUCUUUGCACACUCUUUUAAAUUGAUGCUCACCUAAACAAUCAGCACCAGCGCGCUCUAGCUCUAGCUCUAUGGAGUACACGUACUUAGUUAGUUAGGCUAUUGAUCGCUUGAAAUGCAGAGAGGAGGCAAAAGGAAAGUGUGUAGCUACUUCACUACCCAUGGAUUCUGCUUCUAUGGUGACCAGUGUCAGUUUGUGCAUGCCCGACCGACCGCCCCCGGCCCCCUGGCCCUGGGUCAAGUACCUCCAGGGAGAUCCAAGUCGCCAGCUCACAAUCAAAUGACAAUGGGCGAUCAUAAGAAUAUGAGUGAUGCUGCUGCCUUCCCCCCUCAUGCAUACCCCCAACAACACCCUCGAAGUUACAUGUACCCCGUGACUCAGCACCCUCCCCCCAAAGGCGGAGGAGGUUGGCCAAACCCUGACCAUGCCCCCUCAUCAGCUGCAGGGAGGGGACAAGCUCGUUCCCCUCAGCGGCUAGUUCAUCAGCAACCCAUGAAGGCAUAUCCUGGUGCUGCUGGUCAGAUCUCUUCCCUCAACCCUCCCCCCUUUUCCAAACCAAGCAAGCCGAGGCAACUUACCUCCCCACAGACACAGGUCGAGGCUGGUGGAACCACCUACUUCAUAUCUCCUGACCAACAGCCGUCCUAUGCCCCAGGCUACAGCAUGUACACCAAACCAUUGACCAAUGUCGCUCGCUCCACAAGAGCACCGAGUUUCUUCACCCCAGAGUCACUGAGACAAGACCUCCUGGCUAGAGAGAGCAUAUGUUUGUCACAGCCAUUGUCAGCUGACUCCUGUCCUUCUGAGGUGGAUCAUUACCACAAUCUGUGUCCCCUGGAGCGUGUCGACACCACACCUCCUGAUCAGGAAGUGGCGAGGAGCUUUGGACACCCCUCCACUUGCUACAAAUGUAUUAACUCAAAAGAUGGCCUCUACUAUUGUCUACGAAGGAUACACGGCUUCCGAUUGAGCAGUGGGCGGGCAGUGCUGGAGCAGCUGGAGAGUUGGCGUAAGCUGCAGCACGUCAACCUGGUCACUCUGAGAGAGAUGUUCACCACCAAGGCAUUUGGAGACAACUCUGUUGUGUUUGUGUACGACUAUCACCCUGGGGCAGAGAGCAUGGCAGCCAGACACCACAAGAGUACUCGGAGAUCAUCCCCCCUCCCGGAAGACCUGGUGUGGGAGUAUGUGAUCCAGCUGGUCAGUGCCUUGAGGCUGGUGCACAGUGCUAACCUAGCCCUGCGUUGCAUCCACCCUACCAAGCUACUCCUAACGUCACCUCACAGGCUGCGUAUCAGCUGUGCUGGCAUCAUGGACAUUGUCAGCACUACGGCUAACACUCUGCCUACUCCCAUACAACAACAAGGAGACCUGGUUGCUACGGGUGAAGCCUUGCUGUGUGUGGCCCUGCAGUCAGCCUCGGCAGCGAAGCAAGAGUUCUUCCCAGCGUCCAUGGAGAUACUGGCCACCUCCUACUCUCCGGACCUCCAACACAUCAUUCAAUACCUUCUGCAGUCUGGGUCAAAGGGUCCCCCCCACAACGUAGUGGAGGUGCUCCCCAUGGUGGGGGGUAGGGUGUACUCAAGUCUCGAGACCUCGCAACUUCAGCAAGAUUAUUUGGAGGGGGAACUAAGCAAGGAGCUGCAGAAUGGACGCCUGUUUAGGCUCCUCGCCAAACUGGGCACUGUCAACGAGAGACCAGAGUUCUCUGGUGACCCUCAGUGGUCCGAAACUGGUGACCGCUACCUCAUGAAGUUGUUUCGAGAUCACCUCUUCCACCAGGUACACAACUCUGGCAAGCCGUGGGUGGACCUGGCUCACAUUGUACAAACUCUCAACAAGCUUGACGCUGGUGUUGAGGAGACAGUGGCCCUCCAUUCUCGUGACGAGCAGUCGGUGCUUGUGGUCACCUAUGCUGAGCUGAAGAGGUGUCUACAAACAACAUUCACUGAUGUGUUGAGCAGCUCAGAAAAUAAAGCAACCCCCAAAACAUGACAUGUUCAAAACAUGACUCGAUGCUAGCAGCUGUAUAUAUGAGUAGUGACAGAUGUAUAAUGAUCAUGUACACUUCAUCAAUAUUAUCUAACUUGUAUUUUUAUUUUUUAAUGCUCAAUAGCAUCAUUUUGUUACGGAUAAAAAAAUAAUGUAGAAACUGA